AUGCCGCCCGAUCCAAUAAUUGACGACGAAGAGUACGAGUCCUCUCAGGACUCAGACUUUGCGCCAGACGAUGUCGCCGUCGCGGGCGGCGAUUCCGACGCAGACUCCGACUCCGACAACGAGGGCCAAGCCGCGACCACCAACAAGCGCAAACGCGAUGCCGCGGGCGCCGAAGAAGACGAUGCCGGGUUCGAGAACUCGGGCGACGAGGCGCUGAUAAAAAAGGCCAAGAAGAAGCGCAGGAAAGCCAAAGACGCCGAUGGAGCCCCCAACGAGGAGGACGAGGGCGGCGAGGGCGGACUGGUCAAGACGCGAAGCAUGCGCGCCGCAGAGAAGGUUGAGCGAAAGAUCGCGGCCGCGUCUGGCCCGGUCACAGUCGACGUCGACGCCAUCUGGGCGCAAAUGCUCGCUGGCCAAACGGCGCCGCAACCCGGCAAAGACAAAGCCGCUGACGAACCCGACUCCUCCGCAAAGGCGACCGAUUCCGAAAAGCCGACCGCACCCGAACCCUCGGAAAUGAUCCGCAUCAAGCGGACCUACAACUUCGCCGGCAAAGUCCAGACGGAGGAGAAGCUCGUCGCGCGCGACUCGGCCGAGGCGAAACUCUACCUCGCCUCCCUCGGCCAGGACGCCGCCCCCGACGGCGCCGCGGCCGAGGAGACGGAGGAGCCGAAGCGGGUCCUGAAGAAGGCUUUCCGGUCGGCGUACGAGCCCGUGAUCGAGAUCGUGGGCCAGCGGUCGGAUCUGAACCUGGGUAUGACGGUGCGGAUCAAGGCGCGGGAGAAGGAGGCGCAGGCCAAGAAGCUCAACACGGUGGAGAAGAGCAAGAUGGACUGGGCGGGCUACGUCGACAAGGAGGGCCUCAAGGACGAGCUGGAGCUGGCGGGCAGGUCCAAGGACUCGUACGCCCACAGGCAGGAUUUCCUGGCGCGCAGCGAGGCCAAGAGAGACGAGGAGGCCCGGCGGGCGAGAACUGCGGCGCGUGUAUAA